AUGUUGCGUGGGGUGUGGGUUCAGACUGCAGUUCUCACCGUUAUUCCCCGGCGUAAAUCAUGGGCGCCGCCGGCCGGGGACAGUGGGUGGGAACCAUUACAAGGAGAACGUCGUCGACGGUCUGAGGCUGUGGUACUGCGAUGGACACUGUAUCUGUCGGUGUAUCGGAAAGUUGAGGUACAUCUGGAGGGGCCAAGCGACACCACCACCGUCGUGCCGGACGAGUGCUGCGGCGACGGCCUGGGCGAUGUGGUGGUGCGCCACACCAACUACGACGAGCCCGGCGGCGGGGGCGGCGUGCUGGCCAACUACUUCCACCAGCUGACGCUGGAGGCGUCGGCGACGCCGCGCAAGACCGGCGGCUCGCCGACGCCGCGACGCCCGCUCGUCACCAAGAUCCCCGAAGACGAAGACUCGACCGUCUCGAACACGAACUCGAACGAAGUGCGCGUGGUGACCGGGGAGGAGACGCUGUCGGCCGUCGUGUGCCUGGAGGACGGGCUGGCCGACGACGACUCGUGGGUGGAGGAGGUGGACGACCGCAACGAGGACUUCGCCACCACCACGGCCACCGAGGACUCGUCGUCGGACGACGAGGCGACGCUUUGUCGUGUUUUCAUGGUGGAGCAAGGCCCCGAGGAGGGCGCGGCCGGCGGCGGCGCGGCGAGCCGGCGCCAGCGCCCGCCCUCGGCCUCCGAGCUGGAGAAGUACUUCUUCUUCGGGCUGGGCGGCGAGGCGUCAGCGGCGGCGGCGUCGACGGCGGCGGGGCUGGCCGCGGCGGCGGCCGCCGCCAAGGACCUGGACUCGUCCGACUCGUGCAGCUCCAUCUACAGCGAGGGCGUGGAGUCGCUGGGCGGGGACGACGCGGCGGCGGCGGCGGGCGGCGCGACGCAGCGCAGCGACUGCGACGCCGCCGGCGCCGACGCGGCCGACGCCGCCGAGCUGGCGUCGUCGCGCCUCGAGAAGUACUUCCUCACGGGAUUCAUGGGCUUCCAGAUAGCUUUGUUCCGUUAG